AUGUUAGAGGAAGAUAUGGAAGUGGCCAUCAAGAUGGUGGUUGUAGGGAAUGGAGCAGUUGGAAAAUCAAGUAUGAUCCAGAGAUAUUGCAAAGGCAUUUUUACAAAAGACUACAAGAAAACCAUUGGAGUUGAUUUUUUGGAGCGACAAAUCCAAGUUAAUGAUGAAGAUGUCAGACUUAUGUUAUGGGAUACAGCAGGUCAAGAAGAAUUUGAUGCAAUAACAAAGGCCUACUAUCGAGGAGCCCAGGCUUGUGUGCUUGUAUUUUCUACCACAGACAGGGAAUCUUUUGAAGCAAUUCCCAGCUGGAGAGAGAAAGUAGUAGCUGAAGUAGGAGAUAUACCAACUGUACUUGUACAAAACAAGAUUGAUCUCUUGGAUGAUUCUUGUAUAAAGAAUGAGGAAGCUGAGGCACUGGCUAAAAGGUUAAAGUUAAGAUUCUACAGGACAUCAGUGAAAGAGGAUCUAAAUGUAAAUGAAGUUUUUAAAUAUUUGGCUGACAAAUAUCUUCAAAAACUCAAACAGCAAAUCGCUGGAGAUCCAGAACUAAGGCAGUCAAGUAGUAACAAAAUUGGUGUCUUUAAUACAUCUGGUGGGAGUCACUCAGGUCGGAAUUCAAGUACACUUAAUGGUGGAGAUGUCAUCAAUCUUAGACCCAACAAACAGAGGACCAAGAAAAACAGAAAUCCUUUUAGCACCUGUAGCAUACUCUAA